UAAUUAUAACUUUAGGCCUAAAUCUUUGGUGUUCUCGAUCAUGUAUGAUGCAACCGUUACCGUUUUGUCUCAUAUUUAAAGUUGUCUAAAGGAAAUCAAAUACACAAUGACUACCCAGUAAUUCUAUAGCGGGUAUACUUUAACUUGCCUGGUUAAAUAAAUACGUAUAUACAUAUAGCUUAGUCGUGGGACUAUGCAAAUUUGGUUUAAAAACUGAGGAUCAUAUUUCAUCAAAUCGUGUCUGUCCUAGAAUCAGGUAUGUCCAACAACAUUUCGUCCAUAUGAAUUAAUGUCAUUACAUCACACAUUAUGUAUUUAAUUGUACAGGUAAUUACACAAAUAUUGUAAAGUACAUUUUUAAAACAAAGGUUUUGAGAAAGAAAUUGGUCCAAUCCUUAUAAUACAUCGAUGAAGUUAUUGGCUGAAAGUACAGUCGAUAGACAACAUUGGACCAAUGAGUAAUGUUACUGUAUAAUUUAGCUGUCCAACCACAUGAUCAGAAUUAAAGAGUGCAGCCCGCCCAGGUUUAUCAGCCAGUAGUCUUGCGGAUACAACUGUCAUUUACAGUGGACAUGGGGACGGUAGGGAAUCGCCAAAUAUUAGGGAAUAUGUUUAGCUAACUGUACAAAUUAAGUUUUUAAAACAUAUAUUUAAAGUUCUCGACAAACAUGCCCAAAUAAUACUUGUUUUAGUGUUCUUCGGGUAAGUUAUUGCAGUAGAAUUCGCCUUUUCAAGAUGCAAGAUAACUGCGAGAUUGCUGCAAAAUGAGCUCGAGCAGCAUACGAGCUAAAAUUAAAGGAAGUUAAUCCUGUGUUUUCCAGAAGCGGAUAUCUUGGCGAAAUUUUUCCUGAAAGUGAUACGAAGCAGCAGAAUGUCAGUUCCCACCAACUCGCUUCAACAACAGUCCACAGUCAGACGUAGCAAUGCAGGGUCCCCCAGUUUUUCCAACAGCUGCCGUUUGCACCCCAUCCGUGCUACCGUGCCCUACCAGCUCAUACGCGGGGGCCAGAGCAGCCCGACACGCUCUCUGCCUCUCUCUGUUGGAGGCAACAAUGGACAGACAAAUAGCCGCGGGUCAUCUCCCGGGUCAUCUCCCCCAAGUGCGAAUCUGAAUCUUGGAGUAAAUUGCACUGGCGCCACGAGACAGAGACUGUCUCCUGAAAAUAGGGUCUCGCACUCACCUGACCGGGGUCCAAACUCACCCGUUUGUAGAGGAGAGAGGUCCAAACUGCAGGUGCGUAGCUCCAGUGCUAUCCGUCGGACAUCUUCCCUGGACGCCAUUAUGGGCCCGUACCUCACAGGCCAGUGGCCUCGUGACUCCCAUGGACCCUACCCUUCCUGCAUGAAAGACAAAGCCACACAGACUCCUGGUCUGUGGAUAGAGGAGGGAGGAGGGGAGCAGGGAAGCCCACACCAGCGGUCAGCCUCCUGGGGUAGUGCAGACCAUCUGAAAGAGAUUGCUAAACUCAGGCUGCAGCUCCAGCGCAGUAAACAGGUCAGCCGCCAGAGCAAAGACAGAGAUCAGCAGCUGGGACUACACACCAGCACCACAUGCCAUCUCCAGAAUAAGGUGGUUUCCACAGCCCUGUCGAACAUCCCAGUGCCAAAGUCCCUCAUAUCGAGAGUGCCUAGCAGCGUGGAGGGCAUCAACCACGAGCUGGAGAAUGUGUUCAUCAGAGAGGACUGGAAGCAGGGAAUACAGGCUUUGGACGUGUUGGACGGCCGCCGCGCCCCGUUUCAGCCUCAUCGCUACGGCAAUGGCGGUGACACACGUGACACGGACACCCAGGCCCCCUCUAGUGGCGGUUCCAGCCCCUGCCCCUUCACCCCUGACCCCCUCCAGUCCCCAGAAGGCAGCCCCUGCUCUACAGAAGAGCUUGACAAAGACAGCGGCUGCAGCUCUCCCCUUCCCAAGUUUGCCACCUCUCCCAAACCCAACAACAGCUACAUGUUCAAACGGGAGCCUCCGGAGGGGUGUGAGAGGGUCAAAGUGUUUGAAGAGAUGGUGUCUGGUGUCUCCAAAGGCUUCCCUCUUUUUUCAUGCCCAGAUAAAAACAAGGUGAACUUCAUCCCCAGGGGCUCCGCCUUCUGUCCCGUCAAACUCCUCUGCUCCUCCCACUUCACCACGACCUCGUCCAGCCCUGGUCUCCAUGGAAAAGGCAGCACAUGGCCCGAGGACGCCAUGACACCCAGUAGUUCCACUACUCUGGCCUCCACUAACUGGAGCUCGUCUAUAAGCACAGACAUGGUCAGUAGCUCAGACACAGGCAUUGACACAAGCACAGAUAACAGUACAGACAGUCUGAGCCCAGACAUAGGCCCUAACACAGACGAACCGACAAGCACAGCAAUGGUCCCAGACGGCCUGUCACCAGAUUCCUGCUCCACUACACACAUCCUUCUUACCAGCUAGUUCUCAGGUACAGUCCAGCUGCUGAGCAUUAGCCUGGUCCAAUGUCAGUUUGAGCUGUCUCGCUAACUCCUAGGGUCGCAAUGACCAUAGGAGGUGGCAAAACAGCACAACAGACCUGGGACCAGACUAGCUGAGAAGGCCUCUAGCUGAGUAUAGCUCUUUAACACAACAUUAGCCAGCAAGGAGGGCCUAUCCUUACUAACCUAGCCUUCUCUUCUGAAAGGUGUGGCAGGCAACAUCCUCCAGAAAGACUUGUUUUCUGUUCAGAGGGUAGAUUCAAUUGUUUUAUGUAUUGUGUUCUGUAGCAAUCCGCUUUAUCAAAAUCAAUUAAAGAAAUUGAGAAAAAAAUAAGGGAAUUAAGCAAUGUGCAAGAGAAUAACAUGUAUUUUAUUGAAUUUUGAAAAUGUUUAUCUAACCAGCUUAUUUAGCUGUUCUGUGUUGCUAGUCAAUAUUACAGCAUGGAUAAGCUUUUUAAUAUAAAAUAUCAUGCCUGUUUAUAUUGAAAACCCUAUUGGGAUGUCCUACAGUUAUAAUACAAUGCUCCACCUUUCCCUGAAUGUUUACAAUUAUUUCAGGUUUCAAUCCAGUUUAUGUAAACGCAUGACAAAAAGCUGAAGACGAUCUGAAAGUGACCAAACAGCCAGCUACAAAGCACAGUGUCCCAACAUAGCCUUGUUUCAGGUCCCCUGAAUAACCAAUGAACUCAGGUCAUUUGGAAUGUACUACUACUCAAGCAUGAACUUUGACGUUGCCUUUUAUGGUUCAUUCACGACAUUACUCCAAAGACAUUCCAUAGUCUUUAUACAAGUGCUGACUCUAAUCUUUCAACACAACAUAUUAAAGGAUUUCCAUAGUUAGAAAUGAUAACUUGGUGCACGGGAAAUCUGUAAAGAUAGUUUCAAGUGCUUUAGAGACAUUCCAGAGGUUAUUAUAUUGUAGCUCCACGAUAUCAGCAGUAUUAUCUUUCACAGCCUGUUCAACCUCCCUAGUGAUGAAAUUGAUUAAAUAUGAGCUAUGACAUUUAACCAAUAAAAUUGAUCAAAAUAAGGCCUAGAUUCAAUCGGAUUAAGCGUUAACCAGCGGUGCUUUGAGUUUUGGCGGUGUCAGUUGUUACUGCGUUAAAGUUGUCAAAUCAGUGAACAGCUGCUUCUGUGAUCAUUGCCACACCCGUCUCUCUGGCAUUAGAAGUUCAGAAAGAGAAAGUGUAGGCUAAAUAGAAAUAAUGACGCUCUAAUUGAAAAUCAUUCAACAAAAUGAGGACUUCUAUUAGCCUAAUCGAGGUAUAGAUUACGUCUCACAUUCCAGUGUUCGAACUUGUAAACAAGGCUACAUGGGAUUUCUCGUAAUGCUUCUCCAUGCAGCCAAUGGCCAUGUCCACUUCAGGUAUAAUGCCACUGCGGGUGUUGGCUAGUCUGGCAGUUGGCUAUCUGAUAGAAUCUAGCCCCAAAUUUUUCCCCCAGCAUCAACAAAAAAAGAAAUGAGCAAAAAACCAAAGCCGGAAGUGACUUUUUUAAAUACGAAAUAGAUAAGCAAUCAACCAACACUUAUAAUUCUGUCAAAUUCAGAAUUAACAUUGAGGCUAAUGAGAUAUUUUCAAAGCACUUAAUUCCAGGCGUGAUAAUAAUCACUAUAUAAUAUUACACAGUACUAUAUAAAAUGUAAAGCAAAUACAAACUAUGAGUAUCCUAGUGUUUGAUUUGACGUUCAAUAUGGAGUAAAAUAUUUCGUGAAACUGUACAAGGGCUGCAUUCAAUCCUUGUCGUGGAAGUACCGCGGGAAUUAUUGCCUUUAAAUUUAAAUCGAGCUAUAACGUGGACCUCCCCCAAUACUUCUACGAUACGGAUUGAAUCCAUUCCCUAAGUGUAUUAUGUAUCUUCAGUACAUUACGUUAAAACCCCUUGGCAAUAAUAUCAAAAAAACUAUAUGAAAGUAUUUUUCAAGUAAAAACAGACAAAACCAUUUGCAAAACGAACACAAACAUAUGCAACACAAUCCACUCAAACCUAGAUGUAUAUUUUGUCGGUAAAAAUGACCGCUGCUCGAUGACUAGUUUGAAAUGAUACUAACAUUAUUUUCAAAGUUCAGCAAGGCUUGCCAUGUUCAGCACUAAUAUUUCAUGCCUGUGUAUUUCAUGUUUUAUGUAGACCUUGUGUUUUUACAAUAAAGUAAGCAAUAAAAUCA